AGGCGCGGAAACCCCGUGCCUCCUCUAAAGCACGGAGCUACAGCUGAAGAUGGCGGCGGCAGACGGAGACGAUUCUCUAUAUCCCAUCGCAGUGCUCAUUGACGAGCUGCGUAACGAAGACGUGCAGCUACGUCUGAAUAGCAUCAAGAAACUGUCCACAAUCGCUUUGGCACUGGGAGUGGAAAGAACACGGAGUGAAUUGCUUCCAUUUUUAACAGACACCAUAUAUGAUGAAGAUGAAGUAUUGUUGGCACUUGCUGAACAGCUUGGCACUUUCACUCCACUUGUGGGUGGUCCUGAAUAUGUACACUGCCUGCUGCCGCCACUGGAGAGCUUGGCCACAGUUGAAGAAACAGUUGUCCGAGACAAGGCAGUUGAGUCGCUACGCUCCAUCUCUCAAGAACACUCCCCAGCAGAUUUGGAGGCUCACUUUGUCCCACUGGUGAAAAGACUCGCAAGUGGCGACUGGUUCACGUCAAGAACCUCUGCCUGUGGACUCUUCAGUGUGUGCUACCCUCGUGUGUCCAGUACAGUCAAAGCAGAAAUUAGACAACACUUUCGUAAUUUAUGCUCAGAUGAUACCCCAAUGGUUAGACGUGCAGCAGCGUCUAAGUUAGGCGAGUUUGCUAAGGUGUUGGAAUUGGAGUACAUAAAGAGUGAGAUAAUCCCCAUGUUUACUAACCUGGCCUCCGAUGAGCAGGAUUCUGUCAGAUUAUUAGCAGUAGAGGCUUGUGUUAGUAUUGCCCAGCUAUUACCUCAAGAAGAUUUGGAGUCUUUAGUUAUGCCAACGCUGCGCCAAGCCACAGAGGAUAAAUCUUGGCGUGUACGUUACAUGGUGGCUGACAAGUUCACAGAGCUUCAGAAGGCAGUAGGCCCAGAAAUCACAAAGACUGACUUAGUUCCUGCAUUUCAAAAUCUGAUGAAAGACUGUGAAGCGGAAGUGCGUGCUGCUGCCUCACACAAGGUUAAAGAAUUUUGUGAAAACCUGUCCUCGGAUUGUCGAGAGAAUGUGAUCAUGACGCAAAUUUUGCCUUGCGUUAAGGAAUUGGUUUCUGAUGCAAAUCAACACGUGAAAUCUGCCUUGGCCUCUGUCAUUAUGGGUCUUUCUCCAAUUUUGGGUAAAGACAACACAAUUGAGCACCUCCUGCCAUUGUUUCUUGCACAACUCAAGGAUGAGUGCCCAGAGGUGCGCCUGAACAUCAUCUCAAAUCUGGACUGUGUGAACGAGGUCAUAGGAAUCAGACAGCUGUCCCAGUCACUGCUGCCAGCCAUUGUCGAGCUGGCCGAGGACACAAAGUGGCGAGUCCGACUGGCGAUUAUUGAGUACAUGCCAUUACUAGCAGGCCAGCUGGGAGUCGAGUUCUUUGAUGAGAAGCUGAAUUCCCUCUGCAUGGCCUGGUUGGUGGACCACGUUUAUGCUAUCAGAGAAGCAGCCACAAGCAACUUAAAGAAGCUGGUGGAGAAGUUUGGAAAGGACUGGGCCCAGGCUACCAUCAUUCCCAAGGUCCUGGCGAUGUCAAAUGAUCCAAAUUACUUACACAGAAUGACCACUCUGUUCUGCAUCAAUGUUUUGUCAGAUGUGUGUGGACAAGAAAUCACUACGAAGCACAUGUUACCCACAGUGGUGCGCAUGGCAGGAGAUGCAGUGCCUAAUGUCCGCUUUAAUGUUGCCAAGUCUCUACAGAAAAUAGGACCAAUUCUGGAUAACAGCACUUUGCAAAAUGAAGUCAAACCAGUGUUAGAAACAUUAAAUCAAGACCAGGAUGUGGAUGUGAAAUAUUUUGCCCAGGAGGCAUUAACUAUUCUGGCUUUAGCCUGAGGACCUGCGUCAUCCUGAUGUUGAUGGCACCGUGUUGAUUUUUGUAAAAUGUUUUGCUGCCCAACUCUUACCUUCUCCUUCUUUCAGCAGCACCCUCCGAUCCCCCCCCCCCUUAAGGCCCACUUUCAUCACCGUUCUUGCAUGUCCCUUGAGAGUUCCCCAUAAUCCUUCUUUACAAAAAUCAGUGGACUAUCUCUCCAUAUGUUUCUCCGUAAUCUCCUAUAUGUGCAGUCAGAAGCCCCCACUUUACCGCCGUCCCUCCGACUCUACCACUAUCUGAAGUGCUGCUGCAGACUCUGUAUAAUGUAAUUAAAGCACUGAAUAUUGUGUUCUUUAAGGUGUGUCUCCCAUAUAUAUAUAUAUUUUUUUUUGUUAUUUUUGGUGUUUUUGUUUUCUCCCCUACAAAAAUACAAAAACAUGAUGGUGAUUUUAAAACCGCUUGUCCAUUGAGUGGCCACCAUGCCAGCAUCUAAAUUAACAA